AUCAAAUUCCCAGCAAUUCUUUUUUCCACCUCUCGUGCACACGAAAGCAAUCAAAAUACCUUGCACGAACACACAAGUGAAAAUUAAUUUCACAGCUGAUAAUAGCGGCACUGUGUGUGUCAUCAACAAUUUCAUGACUCUUUUCACUCUCAAAUCCAAUGAAACGCUCCAAAUUACAAGCAUGAUAAAAUGCUCCAGUUGCCCCAUCAGCUCCGCCAGACCACGUCGAAUAGCGCCGCGGAAAUUGUUCCAUUAUUUGUGCACGACAAACGAGUGCCAGAAGAUGGAAAACGAAAGGAUUUCGCGUUCAGUGAUUCUGUACAUAUUUUGCCAAAUAAGUUAAAACCGCGCUCAAGAAUAUCUAUAAAUCUCACUACGUGUCAUCCCCUCUCCAGCUUUCUGUGGACGUUUGUCUGGGAAUUAGUGAAAAAAAAUAGAAAAGAAUUAUCUGUAUUUACAUUUUCCACACAAUUGCGUAACGACUUUCCGUUUCGUGUGAGUUUCUGCUCAUUUUUGCCAUUUUUUUUACACUUCAACUCGUCCGUUCCACUAACUAAAAGUGCCAAUUAAAACACUCUAAAUUUUGCCGAAAACAAUGCUCUUCGCGGUCUUCGCGAUAAAUUGAUAGCUUUCGGCCAAGGUCGCUGUGAAAAGUUGGGAAGUUUAAGGUUUUCCCGUGGCUUAUCAGCCAAGAAAGAAGACACACACGUUUUCCGUCUGGCUUCGCGUCAGCUAUGCUUCCGAAAUUAGGUUUUCGUGUCAAAUUCAUGCAGUAACAUUUUGAUAAGAGAGGAGUUUCAUGGUGAAUUGAGACACAAUACCGGCCGGAAGUCAGCUUCCCAGCGAUUUUCCAGUGAAAAAUUUCGUCAGCACACAAUCAUGAGAUCAGUUGAGAACUGAUCUUCGGCUGGGAGACACUAAAAAUCUAUCGCAGCAAAUGACGACUUUUCAUGGCAACUCGUGAAAUCUGGAAAUCUCUCACGCGUGAAAAACAGUGUCUGGGAGGUCUGGGAAGAUUUAUUGUCAGUCGCCAGUUCAAGUUGAUCAUCAGAACGCGCGGGUAUAAAAGAGUGUCGUCUAAGCUGACAAGAUGCAUUAUCUGUGGAAGCGUUUCCUCGUUCUGGCGGUCGUGAUGUUCCUGCUCCUGUUCUUCAUCAUCUACGGCAUCCUGGGCACCAGCGCCAAUCUCACCAGUCCCCAGGUUGUCUCCGAUAAGGAAGUCCUCCUCGUUCACGCCCUCUUCCGGCACGGUCAUCGAACUCCAGCAGACACUUAUCCCAAUGAUCCGUACUUCAAUGAGACCUUCUAUCCCUACGGAUGGGGCCAUCUGACGAAUCCCGGCAAGAAGAACCUCUUCGAGAUGGGAGAAUACCUCCGGCGGCGAUAUGACAGUUUCCUGGGCAAGAUUUAUCAGCCUGAUUACAUUCAUGCCCAAACGACUGGCGUCACGAGAACGAGAAUGUCCAUGCUGACGGUCUUGGCGGGUCUCUGGCCACCGAAGGACACUGCCAUGGAGUGGAACAGGAAACUAAAUUGGCAGCCAAUCCCCAUAGAGUCAGAACCUCUGGACAAAGACACUCUCCUCUUGGUGAGAACUCCCUGUCCAAGAUAUUCCGAGGCAGUGGAAGAGGUGCUCAAGACACCAGAAGUUGAGGCAGCCGUCGCACCCUACACAGAAAUGAUGAAGGAACUGACAGAGAUCACAGGAUUGGACAUCAAGACGCCAGAUGAUGUCCAGUCACUCUUCAGCACGCUCAAAGCUGAGGAUGAAUUCGGCCUGAAGCUCCCCGAGUGGACCAAGAGAUUCUAUCCUGAUCGUCUUCUGCCGCUCACGGAGCUCAGUUACAUCUGGAACGUCCACACGCCGGAGAUGAAGCGCCUCAAGGCGGGUCCUUUCCUGCAGAAGCUCACGAAGGAGUGGAAGGCGGCCGAGAGCGGAACGCUGGAGCCCAAGAAUCGCAAAAUGUACUUAUACACCGGCCACGAUUCCUCCGUCGUCAACGUCCUCAACGCCCUCGGCGUCUGGGAUGUCCAGCUGCCGGAUUACGCCAUCAUGGGCAUGUUCGAGCUGGUGAAAGACAUUCCCACUGGCGAUUUCGGCGUGCAACUCUACUUGAGGAACUCAACAGCCGAACCAGUGCCUCUAACUCUUCCCGGUUGUGAAUUCUUCUGUCCACUGCAGAAGGCGCUGGAACUCAUCUCGCCAGUCUUGCCCGUCAAUCGUGAUGAGGAGUGUAAAUCCAAGGAUCCUAACUUUGUCACUCCUCCACCUUCUGGUCCCUAAUUCCCUCCAUGUAUUACCGAUUUUACCAAUAAAGUAUACACAGAGU